CCACAUACCUGCAGCAAUGAAGGUUGUCACCUUUACCUUAUUCUGCCUACUCAUAGCAAUAGCAUAUGAGGCCAAAGUAUACAGCAUUUGUGACUUCUACUAUGCACUGAAGCCUUUGGGACUGGAUCCAUUUAAAGGCAUAUUCGCAGAACAGUAUCUCUGUGCAGCUGAUCAAUCAAGCAAACUCGACACAUUCUACUAUGAGAAUAUAGAUGGUGUCCCACGCUAUGGAAUAUUCCAGCUAAGUGGCCUUGAGUGGUGUGAUAAUGGGAGGCAUUCCUCCCAGAACAAAUGCCACACACUCUGUGACAACUUCCUAGAUGAUAAUAUCACAGAUGAUGCUCUAUGUGUUAAGACAAUUGUCAACAGUACGAAGGACAUGAGUGCUUGGCCACUCUAUGGGAAAUACUGUGAUGAAGGUCGGGUAAAUCGUUAUUAUAUCAAGUGCCUUUUUGGUGGAGUUACACAAAGAAGAAAGUAUUUGCUUCGGAACCUGCCUUGACUUCUGUAGAGGGUCGCAUUGUCUCAGGUUUGGUCUGACAAUGUGCUUC